CGCCUGCCUGCUUGCCAGGCUGCGGAUCCGGACCGUGGAAGAGAAGAGCGGCCGGGAUAGAAGGAGGGGGCCGAGGUAUCUUCCACGGUUUCUCUUUUAUAAUUUCCCCCACCGUUUAAAACAAGUUUAAAACUUUACUUGAAGAGCGUCAAAUGAACGUCAGUCCGCGGCUGUAGUAUCAACUGGUGCGUUCAGCCACCACGGAAUAUUUUGUUUUGUGAGUUUGGACUGAGGUCGUUGUCUGAACUCAACAGCUGCCUCGGAGCCCACUGUGGAUUGUUUGGUGGACGCACAGCUCACUAAAGGCAGAGUUUAUCUUAAAGUUUGGACUGCUGUCAAAGCUCACUGCUCCGUCUUUUAGGUAUGCCUGAAGUCAGCAGUGUGUCUCCAGGCAGGUAACCAGGUGUGUUGCUGCUGUCAUGGCCUUCACAACCCUGCGGCUGUGUCCUGUCGCCGUGGUCGCAGUCCUUGCAGUACUGGUGUUGUCUUCUGAGGAACAUGAGUGGCACUUUAACCCAGCUCAGUGUCGUUAUGCCCUGGGGAUGGAGGAUGGCACCAUCCCAGACUCUGACAUCACCGCCUCCAGCGCCUGGUCAGACUCUACUGAGGCCAAACAUGGAAGGUUGAGCACUGGAGAGGGGGAUGGAGCAUGGUGUCCAGCAGGAGCCGUCUUCCCCAGUGGAUCAGAAUACCUUCAGAUUGACCUGCAUCGACUCCACUUUCUGGCUCUGGUGGGUACCCAGGGUCGCCAUGCUGACGGCCAUGGCCAGGAGUUUGCCCGCAGUUACCGCCUUCGCUACUCCCGAGACGGACAGAAAUGGAUCACCUGGAAGGACCGCUGGGGCCAAGAAGUGGUAUCGGGUAAUGAGAACACCUAUGAUGUUGUGCUCAAAGAUCUGGGCCCUCCCAUUGUGGCCCGCAUGGUGCGCUUCUACCCCCUCGCCGACCGGGUUAUGAGCGUCUGCCUUCGAGUGGAGCUCUAUGGUUGUGUGUGGAAUGACGGGUUGAAGGCUUACACGGCUCCAGUGGGUCACGUCAUGCACCUACCUGGCAUGUCUAUCUAUCUGAACGACUCCACCUACGAUGGGAGCACGGAACAAGGGAUGCAGUUUGGAGGCCUGGGUCAGCUGUGUGACGGUGUCCUGGGAGGAGACGACUUUAUCGAAACUAAGGAGCUAAGGGUGUGGCCUGGUUAUGACUACCUGGGCUGGAGCCGAGAAGCCCUUGGACAAGGCAGUGUGGAUAUUGAAUUCCAUUUCGAGAAACCCCGUGUGUUUCACAACAUGCAGGUGCACAGUAACAAUCGCCACACACAGGGUGUACGAGUCUUCAGCAAAGUAGAGUGUCUUUUUAAACCUGGCAUCCUCCAGCCCUGGUCUUCUCCUGCCCUUACCCUGCCUGUGCCCCUCGAGGAUCUGAAGGACCCCUCCUCACGGCCCAUCUCCCUCCCACUUGGUGCACAGGCAGCUCAGAUCCUUCGCUGUAAAUUCUACUUCGCAGACCGCUGGCUGCUCAUCAGUGAGAUAUCCUUCCUCUCUGAGCCAUUUGAGGAGGAUGUUAAAGACGCUGAUUCAUUUCCUCCCAAUUUUCCCAAGUUUGGUAACACCAGUACUUUUCCUCCUCCUGUUAACCAAACCACCUCUACUCCUGCAUCAAGCUCUUCCAGCAACACUGCCCGGCCUUCUGACCCCCCCUUCACUACCACCUUCAUGAUGGACUCCACUGGUAACUGGACUCUGGCAGGGCCAGAAUUUGCUGGUGUUACUUCAAGGGCAGGACUUCCUGUAGCAAAAGAUGACAGCAGUAAUACGGCCAUUCUAAUUGGCUGCCUGGUGGGCAUCAUCCUGCUACUGCUGGCUGUGAUAGCUGUCAUUCUUUGGAGACAGUAUUGGAAAAAGAUCCUGGGCAAGGCCCAAGGUAGUCUUUCCAGUGAUGAGCUGCGUGUUCACCUGUCCGUCCCUUCGGAUAACGUGGUCAUCAACAACACACACAGUUAUUCAAGCCGCUACCAGCGUAUCCAUACUUUUCCGGAUGACCGUGACCAUGACAGAGAGGGAGAAGGGGAGUAUCAGGAACCCAGUGCUCUGCUCCGGACGAGAGAUCACAGAGACAGCACAGCAUUGCUGUUAAACAACCCAGCCUAUCACCUGCUUCUACCAGACCCCAGAAAAGGCCCGAGAGCCGUACUCGUCCCCAGCUCCACACAGGCUCAGGAAAAGAGCCUCAAUGUGGCCCAGGCCUGUGGUUUGGACUUGGACAUGGAGAAGGGUUUUCCCCUAGCACAUGAUGAGCCUCCUCCCUACCCCGGGUCUCCUCCUUACCCCUCUCUGUCUCCACCUGUGUCUCCCCCGCUGCCUCCCAGUGUCCCCCACUACGCUGAGGCGGACAUUGUGAGCUUGCAGGGUGUCAGCGGUAACAACACCUAUGCUGUACCUGCUUUGACCUCUUCAAGCCCCGGGGCCGAAGCUGCCCUGCUGCCCGAGCUGCCACGUCAGUGUCUCAUCUUCAAGGAGAAACUGGGAGAGGGACAGUUUGGAGAGGUGCACCUGUGUGAAAUUGAGAACCCUCAGGAUCUUCCCAUUCUGGAGUUCCCCUUCAACGUCAGAAAAGGUCGCCCUCUGCUGGUAGCUGUGAAGAUACUGCGACCAGAUGCCUCCAAGAAUGCCAGAAACGACUUCUUGAAAGAGGUGAAGAUUCUGUCUCGUCUGAAAGACCCGAACAUCAUCCGACUGCUGGGAGUGUGUGUGAGCAGUGAUCCUCUCUGCAUGGUCACUGAAUACAUGGAGUGUGGAGACUUGAACCAGUAUCUCUCCCACCGAGUGCUUCUGGACAAAUCCGGACCUUCACACAACACGCCAACCAUCAGCUACCCUGCGCUCAUCUCCAUGGCCAGCCAGAUUGCAUCAGGAAUGAAGUUUCUCUCGUCUCUGAACUUUGUGCACCGGGAUCUGGCCACACGGAACUGUCUGGUUGGGGGUGAGAGAGGUGAAAGGGGAGAGGAUCGAGGCGGUGAGCGUCACAUCAAGAUCGCCGACUUUGGCAUGAGCAGAAACUUGUACGCUGGAGACUACUACAGGAUCCAGGGCAGAGCUGUGCUGCCGAUACGCUGGAUGGCCUGGGAGUGCAUACUCAUGGGUAAGUUUACCACAGCCAGUGAUGUGUGGGCGUUUGGGGUCACUCUGUGGGAGAUGCUGAGCGUUUGCCAGGAGCAGCCGUACUCCAAUCUUACAGAUGAGCAAGUGAUCGACAACGCUGGGGAGUUCUUCAGAGACCAGGGCAGACAGGUCUAUCUGAGCAGGCCGGCUGUCUGUCCUCAGGGUCUUUAUGAGCUCAUGCUGAGCUGCUGGAACAGAGACUGCAAGCUCCGCCCGUCCUUCGCUUCCAUCCACUCCUUUCUUACAGAGGACGCCAUGAACAUGGUGUAGGCAGAGAAACAUGACAAAGAGAAACGCAAGGCUAGACGGGGGAAACAGCUUAUACGUCUUUCCAUCCUUGCUGCGGUUGGAAGACGUGGUGGAGGUCGCACAGGGGGCAGAUAAACAGGAAGUAGGUUGCUGGCUUUUUAUUUUGUACUUAUUGGGUGGAGGGGCAGAGAGACCGCUGGUUCGGUUUUAUUUUCCGUUCAGACCCCAAAGACUAAUCCCAGCUUUUUAGGCAGUGGUUGGUGGUGAGUGCAGUCUGCAUGGAAGCUUUAUCUCUUCUCACAUGCUUAAAUAAAGGAGGGUUUGUGUUGGUAGUGAUGAAGUUGAGGAUGCAGACAGCUACUUCACAGAAUAAUACUAAGACCAUAGCAAAGGAGGAACUUAUAAGCUAGCUGCAGAUGGUAAGCUCAGCUGUCUCUAACCUGGGUGAUGGAUCUUGAUGUGUUCAUUUUAUCUCAGCCCCAUAUUCAUACAUAGUGACCCCACCUGUGUUUGUGGACUCAUAUGAAAUGCAACACACGUCCCCUUUCUGCAAUGUGAUUAUGUCCAGUUCGUCUCCCCUCAUUGAACUCCACUAUUGAGCCACGGACAAGAAAUAUUGUAUACUUGGUGCCAGACAGACUUUUCAAACCUGAGGAAAAAGGCACAGAAGAGGAAAGUCUGCUGCUUCGGCCAGUGAGAUGAGACCCACAACCUCCAACGAGACGAUACUGCCGAGGGAGUGGAUGUGGCGUGUGUGGAUGCUCCUGCUGAGGUGUUGGCAGUUUUUUUUUGUAUCUGGCUGUGACUCGGCCACAAAGAAUAGAUGUAAAAUUCCACAACCAGCUGCACUUUAAACCAUACAUGCGUAUCCGUGGCCACGAUGACCCUCUUCUCUGUGACGGACCUGAAUGAUAUGAUUCCUGUCAGUAUGGAUUCUGAUGUAUUUUUUCUUGUGUAGGCUCGUGUGCCUUUCAGCUUUCUCCAACAUGACUUUGCCAAACCAUUAGAUGUAAAAUAUUCUUUUUUUAAAAAUGGAGUGGCAUCCUCAGUUAAUUUUAAAUGUAUGACAACCUUUUUUCUUGAAAGGUUUGUGUUCUGACGUUGCUGGGAAAUACUUGGAUUCCUGAUUUUAGUGUCACCAUCAACCACUGCAUUAUCCCGUGUUAAUACAUUAAACCGACUGCGGUAGGGUCGAUGCUUCUACCUUACUGACUACGUAUCACUGUAAAUCAAUUCUGAGAUUAAGUAAUACAUGUUUACUGAUUGUAAAAGGUUGUGCCAUUUGUCAUUUUUGAUACACUGUAGUGUAAGUAACCCAUAUAUUUUUUAUAUAUACGGUCUGUACUUAGACUCUCCUUGAUGUCGGAUUUCAUCCUUUUGUGUCUCUGAGGCUGAACAUUACAGUAUGUAAAUACUCUAAGGACAAAAUUGUAAUUUCCUUCACUAAUAUAUAGAAAACUCUGUUACAUUUGGGGUCUCUGUAGAAUGCUUGCUAUCUUGAUGCUAUUGUAAUUCAUUGUGUUGUCUAUUUUUGUAGAUGUUUUAAUAAAAUCUCCCUUUUCAAAUCAA